ACGUAACCAAAUCUUCUCCGCAACCAUUUAGUUUUUCUAGUCAACUGGUAAUUAUUGGUCAAGGUUUUCCACUAUGAGGUUUUCCACUUACCAGUGACUAAUGGCAAAGAAUAAAAGUUUUGCCACGUGGCAGGACCUAUAAGUUUUCAAAGCUCAACCCCAGUUAUUGGGGUCCCUUGGAGGAGUUUGGAAACAAUUGUAGAAUAAUAUUAUUAAGCUCAGUUCUUAGAAGAUCUGUCAUGAAAACUGAGAUGGGUCCUGGUAAUAGGGAAGGAGAUUUGAAUGGCACAGCAAAGGUUCAACCCUUAGAUGCAGGCGCCCUCUUUGUCUUAGAAUCCAAAGGAACAUGGAUUCAUGCUGGCUUUCAUUUGACAACCUCCAUAGUGGCCCCUGCACUUCUCAGCUUGCCAUUUGCUUUUGCUUCUCUUGGAUGGGCUGCAGGAGUAAUAUGCCUCACAAUUGGGGCAGUGGUCACUUUCUAUUCAUAUAAUCUCCUUUCCCUGGUGCUUGAGCAUUUGGAAUUGCAGGGAAACAGACAAUUGAGGUUCAGAGAUGUCAGCUAUCAUGUUAUGGGACCCAUGUGGGCUAAGUUCCUGGUAGGACCUAUACAGUUUGCAGUAUGCUAUGGAGCUGUUAUAGGGUGCACCCUGCUCGGUGGGCAAACUCUUAAGUUUAUAUAUACUAUUUAUCACCCAGGUGGAGGGAUGAAGCUAUAUGAAUUUAUCAUUUGCUUUGGAGGGUUGAUGUUGAUUCUGGCUCAGAUGCCUUCCUUUCAUUCUCUGAGACACAUUAAUCUUGUGUCCUUUGUUCUCUGCUUUGCUUACAGUAUCUGUGCAGUGAUCGGUUCCAUUCAUGCAGGCAAUUCAAAAGAAGAAUCUGAGAAAGAUUAUUCUUUGGUUGGUAGCACACCAAGCAAAAUAUUUGGGGCUUUGAAUUCUUUCUCAAUCAUCGCUACCACUUUUGGGAAUGGAAUCAUUCCAGAAAUUCAAGCAACUCUGGCGCCUCCUGUAUCAGGAAAGAUGUUCAAAGGAUUGUCUAUAUGUUAUGUAGUGGUGGUGUCCACAUUCUACUCUGUGGCAAUUUCGGGCUACUGGGCUUUUGGCAACAAGGCAGCAGGAACUAUCUUUAGCAAUUUCGUCCCAUCUGAGGGGCAUCUGUUUCUUCCCAAAUGGUUUCUACUCAUGGCUAACAUGUUUGUGCUUCUCCAAGUAUCUGCAGUUGGAAUGGUCUAUUUGCAACCAGCAUUUGAAGUGUUAGAACGAAAAUCUGCAGAUGUGAAACAGGGUAGAUUUUCUCUACGAAAUCUGCUACCCAGAUUAAUUUUAAGGACAGUAGCAGUAGUGAUUGCCACACUUUUGGCUGCAAUGCUUCCAUUCUUUGGGGAUAUUAAUGCAGUAAUUGGUGCUUUUGGGUUCAUGCCAUUAGAUUUUGUCUUACCAAUGGUCUGCUACAACCUGACUUUCAAGCCCUCUAAAAGAAGCAUGAUAUUCUGGGUCAAUAUCAUUAUUUCUGUAGUAUUUUCUAUCAUGGCUCUUUUGGGAUGUGUUGCAGCUAUUCGUCAAAUCUCCCUAGAUGCCAGCAGUUAUAAACUCUUUGCAAAUGUAUAAUCUAUACCAGUGAUUUUUUCUCAGGAAUUCAUUUAAUUCAUCUUUACUAUUUGCAUCAAUCUCUGCCACAAGCGCAUGUGCAGACUUCAGUUGCAUGUUAACCAUUAGGUUUUAGCGGUAGUUUUGCCGUGAGAUUCUCUACUACCUACCGAAGCGCUAACUUCAUUGUAAGAAAUGAUGAAUUACAUGCACUUGAACUCUUAUGGAAUUCACUCCAGCCUCUCUGGAUUGAAUCUGGGCCACAUUUGGAGAUUUGCGCUAGUCUAGUGAAAUCUUUACCAAAAAAUUCUCUCUGUUAUAUCAAUAAAAGUAUCUUCACUUAAAAAGUCUGAGAUUCUUUAUGUGCUACUGGUCAACAUGUUAUCUCAAUAAAUAAUGGUUUAGAAUC